UUUCCUCGAAGGUGAUGACAAAUAUAGUCCAAUAACUUUACAAAAUUGAUCUCAAAUUAAUUCAUUAGGUGUUAAUUGACAAAAAAAUGGGACAUGAAAUUGAUCCUAAUUUGAUUCUUCAUCAGCCAUACAAAAUUGAUCUAAAUUUAGAUUGCAUAUGAAUAAUCAAGAGAUUAUUUUGAGUAAUUUGUAAGGAUAUAUAUAAGUAAAGAAAGCACACAUUGAGCCAUAUAGACCUUUUUUUAUGGAUGCAGAACUUCCACGACAAGCCAUCAAGCCUGCAUGUGGUAACAUGCUAAUACAGCAUAUGGAAAGUGGACUUACAGUAUAAGGCAUCAAGUCGGAAUCUGUACGUCAAGUCAAGAAUGGACUUCUCACUUGGGUUAGCUGAAAAGCAUUUGUUUAACUAAUAAGCUCUCACUACAAGAACUAUAGGGAUGAAGUAGCACAUGCAAUCCUCCCAACUCCAAGCAAAACUUUAUAAGCAAUUGCAUCGAGCAGCUAGCGUUAGUCACGCAUGAGCUGCCCUCCUUCAAAUCCGUAGAAAGUCUACUAUCUCUCUCGAUCCCCGCGCACCACAUCCAUAUAAAUAACUAGCCAGUACUCCUAACACUUAUGAACCAGUUAAUCAGAUCAGGAUGGCCAACAGGAUUAUUGGCAGGAAGCUGACCAUGGGCCUGCUGAUGGUGCUGUUCUCUUCACUGAUCAGCCCGCUGAUUUCCCUUGACGGAGGAGAAGGUAUGAUCAAAGCAGCGGCAGCAGCUGCCGGCGAUAAUAACAAGGGGAAAUUGGAUCCGGCAUCGACCAACUAUGUUGUGCUGGACAGGAAUCCUAAAACUGGACAGGAGAGGUUCUUCUGCCUGGCAAGAGGAAGGUGUCGUUUUAAAAUAAUUCAAUGCCCGGCGCAGUGCCCUCGGCGCAAGCCAAAGAAGAACCGAAUCGUAAAGGCUUGCUUCGCAGAUUGCAGCAGCCGUUGCGAAACCACCUGCAAGCAUCGAUUGCCGAAUUGCAACGGCUUCGGGUCCAUCUGCUACGAUCCCCGGUUCGUCGGCGGCGACGGCACCAUGUUCUACUUCCAUGGUGCCAAAGGUGGCAACUUCGCCCUCGUCUCCGACCGCCACCUCCACAUCAACGCUCACUUCAUCGGCAUUCGUCCCGUCGGGCGUUCCCGUGACUUUACUUGGGUUCAAGCCCUCGCAAUCAUGUUUGAGUCCCACAGCCUCGUCGUCGCGGCCCGACGUGUGGCGGUCUGGGAUGAUUCGGUGGACGUCCUCUCCUUGCUUUUUGAUGGCGUUGCCAUCGCCCUUCCAAUUGAAUUUGAUGGCGAGUGGCGGAGCCAGACGGGUGAGGUGGUGGUUGAGCGAACGUCAGAGGCUAAUAGCAUACGGUUGACGGUAUCCGAGAUGCUGGAGAUGGAGGUGAGGGCGGUGGGGAUUGGCGAGGAGGAGAACAGGACGCACGGAUAUGGUUUGCCGUCAGGAGAUGCGUUCGCGCACUUGGAGAUGCAGUUUAAGUUAGGAAGGUUGUCGGACGACGUGGAGGGGGUAUUGGGCCAGACGUAUAGGGCGGGAUAUAUCAGUCCGGUGAAAAAGGGAGUGGCGAUGCCGAUGAUGGGUGGGGAGGAUCGAUACCAGACGCCGGGGUUCAUGUCUCCGCAUUGCGGAUCUUGCCGAUUCCAGUUACCCAAUGCAAUCAGUGGCGAGGCUGCUACGGUGGAUGUGGUUCUGUAUUGAUGGGCACGAAGCCAAAUUAAGUGUUGUAUUUUAAGCAUCGAGUCAAGUAUUGGAUCUUAGUACUAUUUAAAAAACAAUAAUAGAGGUCGUGUUUUAUUCAACAAUGUUACAUCAAUUUACAUGUAUUAAAUUUACAUAUAUUUGGACCUACUAAAACCUUGAGCAAUGGGAGCAAUAAUAUGAGCUUGUGAUGAUUGAUAAUUACUAGUUUAUGCAGAUUAUCUUUCUAUCCUUUACAAGGUGAAGCCUUCAUAUGUUUUAAAAAAAUUGCACUACUUGAAAGCCUUAUUUGAUUUCUGAGAUUUCAAGUUAAAAUAAUGGUAAAAGUUUGAUGAUGUACUUCUCUAAAAGUAUUGUUCUCCUCUAUCUUCUCCUUUGAAGAGUCUCAUUUUUCUAUGAAUGCUCCUUCACCCACCUAAUGUGUGAUUACACUAUCUUCCUCCAAAAUCAGUAGCAUUACAUCAAGGAAAAUGUUUCUUAUAUAGAAUCAAGUCCUCUUUCACUUUUCAUAGAGAUAGAGAAAAGUGAAUCAACCCUUUGAAGUAUUGUGGAGGAGGUCUAAGGACAAUUUAGAAGGCCUCAUCCUUAAUAUUGAUGGAAGAAGUAGCCUAAUCAAUAGCAAGUUGGACAUCCCUCUCCUUUUAAAGUUGGGUGAAAAUUUAAGCCACCACAUAAUCCUUUUUCUACUCUACCUCUUCGCAUGGCUUAAUAUAAGCCAUGCCUUGCCAUUUCUUGGCCUCAAGUAAGAACCAGAGAGAUGAACUUUGCCUCCAUCUCUCAACCUUGUACUUGCAUUUGUAAAACUUGAACUCCAUAGUGAUAAUGCAUUCACUCUCCAGUAAUGAUACAAUAAUUUCUAUGACCUUGGUUCGCUCCUUUUUGAGUCAUGCCUUAGUUGCUUAUUACAACAUUGCCAGAAGAUGAACUAUGCUUGAUUCUAACUAAGCUUCAGUAGCACUCUAAGUUGCUUCCCUAAACUGUAGAACAAAUUGUUGCUCUAAAAUGAGUUCAUAUCUUACAAGGUAGUCAUGAAUAUCUUUCUUUGAUAGUAGAUAAAUUAUAUUAACAACAAUAGGACUAUCUUCGUGAUGACGAGUACCUUUAUAAGGCAAAAUAGGCUAGCUUAUAAUUCUUUGAGCUUUAUCCCCCAGUUUAGACUUUGCAAUAGAGGCAAUAUCAGAUAGUAAAUUGAUGAAAAUUUUAUAACCAUUCAUAAUGGACAGUUUUUUUAUUUUUUCAUAUUCAUGUCUCAUCAAAUGUUUAACCUCUUAGCCACCUUCAUAAAAUUCGUGCCCUCAUGUGCAUCCAAAGACCUCCCCAGUGGGGAUGAUUGAUGCCCUAACAUAAGAAAUGAUCAUGAACAAGUAAACUAACAUAUGUAAUGAUAAAAAGACCACAAUGAAAAAAGACAAAACUCUCUUAGUGAGCUUAUAAAUAAAUAAUAAUAAAUAAAAAAUCUAACAGUACCAGAGGACUCUUUAAUUAUCAUAGAUUUAAAAGGAACAAAAGAGUGAACUUUCAUGAUAAAAGUUAAGUUGGCCUUAAUAUCACAAGUCAUUCAACUCUUAUAUAGACAAUAUGGCUAGUGCUAUGAGUGGCUUGCUAUAUUAACUGUGCUCUUGGGUUUAUAUUUUUUAAGUACUUAAGAUAAAAUGAAAGUGUUGUAAUCCUCUAUUGAGAGGGCACCCUCAUAAGGGAAAUUAUUAUUGCUCAAUAACAUUUUGAGAAAAAAUAAAAAAAAGUAAAUUUAUUUUCACACAUUCCUAAAUGUUAUACACUUAUAUACCCAAAAUUUAAAUAGUGGUUUUUAGAAUAAUCAAAUAAGUUGUAGACCAACUUUGCGAAGAUUGGAA